UUCCAAUAUGUAGAGAACAACCAGCGAACGAAUGUCACUUCUAUCUCUGAAAGGAAGGGGGAUAACUGGGAAAUACUAACUUUAUCCUUCAAGCAAAGACUUGUAUUUGAGCGUGCGUCUCUGCCAACAAAUUCGAAAGUUCCAUACAGUGGUAAUGUUAUUGUGCACAGGUUAAAAAUGUGACGUUUGAUGUCACUCGUUUAGAGCGGGCAUACUCUACAACCCACACAUAUUUUGAGCUUCUGCGAAAUUUGCGCGUGAGGCACAUCCAAUGAGGUUUUCUUGCACGUGCAUUUCUAGCGUCAUCAGAACAGCCAUCAAGUUCGCUAUCAGUUUGCAAACCUCAAACGAAAAAACAAAAACAAAAGCGGCCUGUUCACACAAUAAGAGGUUAUCGCUAGACAUGCGAAGCAAUUUGGUCUAGUGGUAAUCGUUUCUUUGCAUCAAAAGAAGUUAAACGAGCAAGUCAUGCAAAGCGAAUGAUGUUGCAAGCUUUCUCCAAAUAGUACCAACUUCUACUAAAUCUUUAGCAUGCUGUUCGUAACGGCAGUACUUCUGCACACCAAAAGGAAUAUGACGACUUAAAAGGCAAGGGCAAAAUAUAUCCACCUCUUUGAUAGCCGGCGAAGUAGGGAGCUCGUGCGGAGCGAAUAAACCAAAAUACAACCUGAUAACGGAAGCAAGCGGAACUUCUAGGCUGCGUAGUGGCCGAAAACACAUGGAAAUAAGGUGUAAAUGGGCACAUGAGAAGACACCUAUAAUACAUGAGAUGCGGAUUGCUUCCUUGCUUGCUUGCUCAAAACAUCAAAUUGCUCAAACUGGGUUAGCCAAUACAGGCAAAGCUAGCAGGAGGGAGAGGAAGUAAGAAGUUUCAAAGAGCGAAGGUAAAAGAAACGAUGUUGCAAGGGUAGACCGGCAAGUAGUGCACGCAAUCCUUCCCCUUAUAAGCCGCACGGAAUAUUAUACUAAGGCAAGAUUGAAGCACAAAAAAAAAACUGGGUGAGGAGAACGCGCAAUCACUUGCAAUGCUCAUGUCUAUCGUAAAUCUUUUGCUCGGAGGUUUUCCAUCGAACCAUAAUCAACCGGCCAUCUCAUUGUUCUGGGGUGGUAUGCAAAGACUUUCUUGAAACGCGUCAGAGGCGCUCUCUUCACACUACCGGCACAGGCAUUUCUGUAUGCGAGCAAUUUCCUGACAAGACGGGACGGCUCGCGAAGCGCUGCGCAACGAUGUCACCCGCUUUGCAUGUAUGCAGUGAACAGGGCGGGAGCUUUUAGAACAGGCUAUUUGGUAUCACCGAACAAUGCUGUCGUCCAUGUUGCCGUUAUUCUAACGUAUCGGUUUCAAGGAUAUUAUGUAUUCCGACCCUCUAUGAUAUUUGGCCAAUCGUAUCCGAAGAACUGCAGCUGCGACAAGGAGAUGAAGAAAUUUGGGGAAAGCUGCACCGAACAAUGGAUUCCAGGAAGCCGAAAAAAGUGUUCGAUAUAAAUAUAGCGGGUAAAGGGCAGACGGUCGCUCACUUGUUCCGUAUUGUUUAAACGGGGGAUAUAAGUCCGCGACAGCUUGGCGCGCGCUACCUGGAACACCCACAGUUGACGAUAUGGAGAAAAUGAGCCGCAUUAUCUUACUGGGGUUUUGUGUGUUCAUCUUGCCUACAAAUGGACUACGGUCGGGAACACAACUGGGACGCUCGACAAGCGCUGCUUCGAGAUCAAGAAGCUCGGAACUACGUUGGCUGCCAGGCAAGACAGGAAGACGUUGCCCACUUGGUCAAGUCUACAAGAAAUGCGCGAGCAGCGUUUGUGGCGAGUACAGGUGCCAGGACCUUUAUAAAUUUCAUCAGAGAGUAUGCACCACUGACUGCCAGUCAAGGUGCUUCUGCGUUUGGCCUUUCUUCAGAAACAACGACGGACGUUGCGUGCCUGUUUGGCAGUGCUACACUUACAGACGUUCCUCUUGGUCUGGGAAUCGCCAGUCCAGCGCCUCGGGACAAGCGGCGAGAGGGCAGUCUGGCAACUUUGGUUCAGCAAGUGCGCCUGAUCACGUGUCUGCAUCGUCUGUACCCCGGUCUGGCAACUGGGGUCUAGCUUCUGGAGCGCAAUAUGGUAGCGCGAACAUCGUGAAUGGCCAACAGCUCGGUGGGUACGGUCAAGUGACUGGUCAGCCUACUGCUAGCUGGGUCGUGGGACCUGCCUGGCAACCUGGCUGGGGCAGCAUGACCGGCUUACAGGCUGGAAGCGGGAGCUACGGGAAUGGUGCCUUGGGUGUGGUGAUACCCCAGUACCAGGGCAGCUGGGUCUUGGACAAUGGCAACUUGUACCGAAUCUAGCACCGAUGACUCGCUAUUAUAUUUUUUUCACUGACGAGGACCCCUGUGGUUAUGCGCCCUGCAUCGAACAGUUGUGAUUGUCUCAGAAAUAAAUCGUGUUAUGGCUGGAAGAA